AAAUACUAUAUGCAACAAAGCGCGCGGGACGCGAUUGGCUGCUACGUUGACUCAAGAGACGCGACGCUAGAUUUCUGCACAAACUUUGUACAACCCGUGUAACAUUAUUUUACUCCGCGUUCGGACAUUUCCAAGAAAGCCGAACACCCAUCCUUCAAAAGCAAAAGCAAAAGCAAAAGUGAAAGCGAAAGCAACACUAUUCGGACCCUUUUGUAGUUAUUCCUCAUCCUUCUCUUUUGUUUUCUGGCUUUCUUCAUCCCUCUGUUCUCAAUUAAAAGUGUGCUCUGUUUCUCUGUCUCUGCUUAACACUCUCGAUUCGGUCAUGGACCUUAUUCCGGGUCUCCCCGAGGAAGUCGGCCUCGAAUGUCUGGUUCGGGUCCCGUAUACCCACUUUUCUUCGGCUUCAUCGGUGUGCCGGAGAUGGAACGCGGAGAUUCGGCAGCCGGAGUUUCGGAGGCUUCGGAAGGUUUCCGGGUUAACCCAGCCGCUAGUUGUCAUGGUGCAAUCUCGGGUGAACCCGUCUGAGCCCCAUUCUGAUACCAUGAAACGCUUCGUUAAUAUGAUUUGUCGGUUGACGGUUUUCGAGCCGGAGACGGGUGAGUGGAGAGAACUGCCGCCCGUGCCCGGAUACGAGAACGGGCUGCCCGUGUUUUGUCGGAUCGUGGGUGUCGGGUUGAAUUUGGUGGUGAUGGGCGGGUGGGACCCGGUGACGUGUGUGGUUUCGAAUUCGGCGUUUGUGUUCGAUUUUGUACGGUUCACAUGGAGGCGUGGGUCCGAUAUGCUUGGUGGACCGAGAUCGUUCUUCGCUUGUGUGUCCGAUUCAAAUCGGACGGUGUAUAUUGCGGGUGGACAUGAUAAGGAGAAGAACGCAUUGAGAUCUGCGUUGAUGUAUGACGUGGCAAUGGACGAAUGGGGCCAACUGCCUGACAUGGCAAUGGAACGUGACGAGUGCGAGGGGGUGUUCCACGAUGGCAAAUUUCAUGUCAUCGGUGGUUACAACACCGAGAUGCAAGGUCAGUUUAGUAAAAGUGCCGAAGAAUUCGACGUGGCCACUAUGAGGUGGGACCAGAUCCAAGAUGACUUCUUGGAAGCCGCCAAGUGUCCAACUACUUGCUCGGACGGCGGGGAUGGGAGAUUGUACAUGUGUCGUGGCAAUGAUGUGGCGAUCCGCUUGAAUUCCUCGUGGCAGGCGGUGGCUGAGUUGCCAGCCGAGGUGCGAUGUAGCAUAUCCUACGUGACGGCGUGGAGGGGCAAGAUGUUGGUGAUUGGGUUGUCGGAAUUCGGUGGGGCCCUCAGAGCUGAUGUGUUGGAUUUGAAGAGGAACGCGUGGACGCAAGUUGAAGUACCGGCGGAAUAUUGUGGCUAUGUUCAAUCUGGUUGUUGGUUGGACAUUUAGAAACCUGAGAAAAGAAUUUUUUUGUGUUUUGAUUUUCAGCUUUAGCAAUUAGUACAUGUAAUUGUGGUUCCCAAUUUUGCGUUACUUCAAGGGAAAUAUCAUGUAAUAUUGCAAGGAGCUUCCAAGUUCUGCAUUAAUUUUGUGCUUAAAUUUCUCUAA